AUGGUGUGUUCAACAGAGGCGGGGACUGUAACUUCACGCCGGACUGAAAUGGGGGGUGAAACUUCACUGACGGACGGAAGCGAUGGCUGGAACCGAACGUGUUCACGGCGCGCGGAGGUGGGGCUGAAAAGACGGAGGCGGCGGUUGAAAAUUCAAGGUGGACGGAAGCAGGGUUUGGAACUUCGCGGCAGACUGAAGCUUUGGUCACGGCGCGCAGAGGCGGGGCUGGAACAACGGACGCGGCGACUGGAACUUCAAGGCGGACGGAAGCGGCGGGGUCUGCAACUUCACGGCGGACGGCGCGCAAAGGUGGAGGCUGAGCGGGAAAGGCAAUUCUGGAAAUCCAACACAUUGACCCACACUUGGAGGAUAGUUGGCAAUGGCUGGGAUCAAGCAAAGGUUGGAAAAAAAUGGACAAAAGCAAAAAUACUAGAAGAAGAAGGAAGAUGUUGA